CUCGCCUCUGGCAGCCGCCGCCUGCACCGGAGCGGCUGGGUCUGAGAGCGUGACGGCCACGUUUAAGCUUUGUGGUCGACCAUGAACGCUAGUGGCCCUGGAUAUCCAUUAGCUUCUUUGUAUGUUGGAGAUCUUCACCCAGAUGUGACCGAAGCCAUGCUGUAUGAGAAGUUCUCACCUGCUGGACCGAUCAUGUCCAUCAGAGUUUGUCGGGAUGUUGCCACACGUCGAUCGCUCGGUUAUGCCUACAUAAAUUUUCAGCAACCUGCUGAUGCUGAGAGGGCUUUGGACACCAUGAAUUUUGAAGUGAUCAAAGGUCGGCCCAUUCGAAUCAUGUGGUCCCAGCGAGACCCUGGCCUCAGGAAAUCAGGGGUUGGGAAUGUCUUUAUCAAGAAUCUGGAUGACUCCAUUGACAACAAAGCCUUGUACGAUACGUUCUCAGCCUUUGGGAAUAUCCUUUCUUGCAAGGUGGUUUGUGAUGAGAACGGAUCCCGCGGUUAUGGCUUCGUUCACUUUGAGACUCAUGAGGCGGCGAAUCGGGCCAUUGACACCAUGAACGGGAUGCUGCUCAAUGACCGCAAGGUCUUUGUCGGCCAUUUUAAAUCCCGCAGAGAGCGGGAGGCAGAAUUUGGGGCACGGGCGAUGGAAUUCACCAAUGUCUUUAUCAAGAACUUUGGGGAUGAUAUGGAUGAUGACCGACUGCGGGAAAUAUUCUCCAAGUUUGGGAAGACGCUGAGUGUCAGAGUUAUGAUGGACGACACUGGUCGCUCGAAAGGGUUUGGGUUUGUCAACUUUGAGAAGCACGAAGAAGCCCAGAAGGCUGUGGCAGACAUGAACGGGAAGCAGAUCAAUGGCCGGAUGGUGUACGUUGGCCGAGCUCAGAAGAGGAUGGAGCGUCAGAGCGAACUGAAGCGUAAAUUUGAACAAAUCAAACAGGAAAGAGUGAGCAGAUACCAGGGGGUGAAUUUAUAUGUGAAGAACCUGGAUGAUGGUAUUGAUGAUGAGCGGCUGAGGAAGGAGUUCUCUCCAUAUGGUACCAUUACUAGUGCAAAGGUGAUGACAGAGGGUGGACACAGCAAAGGGUUUGGGUUUGUAUGUUUUUCCUCCCCAGAAGAGGCUACCAAGGCCGUGACGGAAAUGAAUGGACGGAUCGUCAGCACCAAGCCUUUGUACGUUGCCCUCGCUCAAAGAAAGGAGGAAAGAAAAGCGAUUCUCACCAACCAGUAUAUGCAGAGACUGGCCACCAUGAGGGCCCUGCCUGGCCCUCUCCUUGGCUCCUUCCAGGCACCCACGGGGUACUUCUUGCCUGCCAUCCCACAGCCACAAACCAGAGCUACUUUCUACAGUCCUAGCCCAGUUGCCCCAGUCCGUCCUGCCCCUCGGUGGAGCGCGCAGCCCUCCAGGCCUCCCUCUGCCUACCACACGACUACCCCAAUCCUGAGGGCUGCAGCUCCACCCAGGCGCCUGCUAUCCAACAUCAGCACCAUGAGACAGGCAUCUACCCAGGUGCCCCGAGUGCCACCGCAUGCCCAGAGAGUGGCCAACAUAGGGACCCAGACGCUUGGUGCCCGUGCACCCACCUCACCAUCCCUGCUGCGGGGUGUGCCACAGUAUAAGUACUCCUCAGCAGUGAGGAACAUCCAGCCGAUGGGAAGUGUGGCACCUAUGCUGGUACAACAGGCUGGAGAACCUGCUGUUCAUAUUCAUGGGCAGGAGCCUCUGACUGCAUCCAUGCUCGCUGCAGCUCCUCCUCAGGAGCAGAAGCAAAUGCUAGGUGAACGCCUUUACCCCCUAAUCCAUGCCAUGCACGCCUCCUUGGCUGGGAAGAUCACAGGAAUGCUGCUGGAGAUUGAUAACUCGGAGCUGCUGCUUAUGCUGGAAUCACCAGAAUCCCUCCACUCCAAGAUCGAGGAAGCGGUUGCAGUGCUCCAAGCACACCAGGCUACCGAAUCAUCGCUUAACAGCAGUGCUGCAACAUUCCUCCUAUGAGACCCAGAGGAGGGACUGUGAAGAAUGCUUGGCUCUGAAGAUAAAGCAACUACAACCCUGAUAUAUAUUGGAAUCACCACAUAUAUUGGAAGCAUUUAUUCAUUUUUUCUGUGUACAGACAGCGACACUGACUUGCAUUCAAAGCCCAGCGUUACUUUUUCUUUGUGCAUCAAAAACUUUGCAAAAUGAUUUUUCCCCAUAAAUGAACUGCAUCUAUGUAACACUGUCCAUGUGAGCUCUCUUCUGGCAAUCCUCACCGCUGAGAGCAGGUAGUGAAAAUGUUAACAAGGGGGGGCACGUGGUAGAAUGACAACCUCUCCUUGUGAGUGGCGAGGAGGGAGACACGAUUGAUUCAGUUGUAGUGUUCCACGAGAUGACAAAUCAUCAGAGCUUGUCAUUUUUAGUAAGUUCUUUUGGGUUCUGUAAUGUUUUAUUUGUUCCUGUG